UCAGCCGGAGAUAUGAUGUUACAGCGACUGGAUAAAGAUCAGUGAAUGUUCAAAUUCCCACCAAUUUUUAAAUCCCUAUUAAUCCAUUGAUUUCCCCUUUCCCUCCCCUUCUGGUCUUCUCCCUUUAUAUUAUAUAUAUAUAUAAUUAUGCAUUUCAUAUUACCUUGAUUCUGGAGAAAUUUUGUGUGUCUGUAUUUGCAGGGUGCUGCCAUUUCUAUUAUUGAGCUUCAAAAAGUUCCAACCACGUGUUGUAACUCAGUAACCGCCCGUGGCAAUGAUAUGAUUGGAUUUUACUAAUUCAUGGAUGGCAUACUCAUCAAUCUUUUUAGAUUGACAAGUUAUAUCAGUGAUCGAUUUAUACAAUUUAUUGAGGAUCUGGUACUUAGAGAUGCAGUUAGAUGCAGUUUUAGGGUCACUCCAGGGGUCAUCUCUUCAGUACACUGUUCAGAAGAUUAUACCAGAAACACAUCUUUGCGACCUCCACAAAUUGGAGGUGAAAAUCAUGGUAUCUGUGAAAGAAGAGCCUUUAACAAUAGUAAAGAACUGCUUGUUGAUACGAGAUCUAUAAUUGUAAAUGCCAAUUAUAUCACUGCAGCCGUUCCUUCCUUUUUGUUAAAAGGUUUGGCACUCCCAUUAUUUUGUCUACGAUAUGCUUGGCGUUUGGGAAUGGCUCCUUGGAGAUAUUCUUUCUCAUGCAUUAGAUGUGCUCAAGUUCAUAUUCAUAGAAUUACAUCUCGUGUGUCAAACACCUUGCGUGGUUCUUCUGAUGAUAUUGGGUGGUUGCAGCAUGCUUCUGGAAUGCCUCCAGUACAGGAUGGAACUUCAAGAUUCUUGGAAUUGCUUUCAGAAAUAAGGAAUGGAGAGCACUCAUUGCCCAGUUCAUUCGUUUAUCUGUUGAUUCCAGGUCUCUUCAGCAAUCAUGGACCCUUGUAUUUUGUUGCCACUAAGAGGUUCUUUUCAAAGAUGGGUCUAGCUUGCCAUAUUGCAAAAGUUCAUAGUGAGGCAUCAGUAGAAUACAAUGCCUUGGAACUCAAGCUAUACAUUGAGGAGAUUUACUGGGGUUCUGGCAAGCCUGUCAUGCUACUGGGACACAGUAAGGGUGGGAUUGAUGCUGCAGCUGCAUUGUCUAUAUAUUGGUCCGACCUGAAGGACAAAGUAGCUGGUUUGGCACUGGUACAGAGUCCAUAUGGUGGCACCCCCAUAGCUUCUGACAUUCUCCGUGAAGGCCAGAUUGGUGACAAAGAAGCCAGGAGGAUCAUGGAGCUUAUAAUAUGCAAAAUAAUUAAGGGUGACAUACGGGCAUUGGAGGAUCUCACCUAUGACAAGCGGCAGGAGUUCAUCAUGAAGCACAAGCUCCCCCUGGAUAUUCCUCUGAUCUCCUUCCAUUCUGAAGCAAGCAUUGCCCCUGGUGUUCUUGCAACAAUGACCCAGAUAGCUCAUGCAGAACUUCCCUGGCUCCUACCAAAAUUUGGAGCUGAGGAGUCUGAUUCAUUUGAUGAAUCAGGACGCCAAGUUCCUAUAAUGAUUCCUAUAUCUGCUGCCAUGGCUGUAUGUGCUCUCCACCUGCAGCUCAGAUAUGGAGAAAAGAGUGAUGGCCUUGUGACAUGUCGUGAUGCUGAAGUUCCAGGAUCAGUUGUUGUGAGGCCCAACAGGAAGCUUGAUCAUGCCUGGAUGGUUUACUCUUCGAAGAAGAAAAAUCCUAGUGAACCUGACGCUCGUGAAAUGUGUGAAGCUCUGCUGACUUUACUUGUAGAGCUUGGUAAGAUAAAAAGGGAAGUGGACCAAGUUUUAUAAUGAGAUAUGCUUCAUUAUUCUUCCCAAAUUCAACUUCGGUUUUGGGUGGCCACUUGGUUGUGUUGCUUGUUCUGUUUUCUUUGGUUGCUGCUUGCUUGGUUUGAGCUACGAGGCUAUGAACAAACUUCAUUUUUCUCUAACGGAUGUUUCAGUUUUUCGGCUUCGUGCAUAUACAAUCCAACUUAGUACCCUUGUGAAACAUUUUAAUUCUUGAUUUGGAUUUGGGAGUCACUUGAAAAACCAUUAUAAUAGAAGCACCCUCAAUUAGUUGCACUUGCCAAAAAGCAUAAUUUUCUAAACCAGAAAUCUACUUCAGAUUGAGAAGCAAA